AUGAAUGUAAUUCAAAAUUUACUAUGGCAAGGUUCAGUCAAUGUUCAAAUUAUAAUUGACUCUGAAUUACUACUACCAGGAGUACCUUGGCAAGAAACAAUCGUCAACUUAAGGCUACCAAGAAAUAGUUAUCUGAUAUUAUGUAUACCAUUAAUUUUAAAGCAAACUGGAAAAUUUUUAAAAUUACAAUUUGAUUCAAAUACGUAUAUCCCAUGGUUCGAAUUCGAAAAUGUACCUGUUUAUUGGAAUUACCCGAUCGGUAUAUUGUUCGAUACAUUGACAGGCUUAGAUCCUGCUCAAAGAGAUGCAAAAUAUUUUAAGUCGGAAGACAUGAUUUAUUAUUGGAAACUACAAUUAGGCUUUUGCUCAAUUACAGACUGUAACCAGAAUGGUAUUAUACCGUUCCAAUCUCAUGAGUCAAAUCAAGCUAUUAAAAAAUAUUGGAUUCAUCAAUGGAAACAGGCUUGUUUCAUACUAAAUGGAAAUUCCAAAAAAAUCAUGUCGUUUUCGAAUAAUGAUAUUGAAUUAUUUUGGCAAAGUAUCUUGGAAAGAGACCCUGUAAAGUUCAUGGAUUUAUCGAACAAAAUUAUACCGAAAAGACCACAUAGAUUACCUAUUGUCAUUUACCAAAUAUUACCGACUAUUUGUAUUUCAAAUCCGGUGGUUAUAAUUGAUAAUACAAAUAGAAACUUUCAAACAGUCUUUGAUCUAAUGAAAAGAGAAUUUCCUAAUUAUUUUCUAAAUGUAAAUAAUGAUUCAGGGACGUAUAAUAUAGCUAAGGUAAUAUCAAAUGGUAUAGAAAUUCCUCUUGAAAUGAAAUUAUUAGAAUUUUAUUUAAAUUUUAAAAGUAUGGAUGGAUUUUUAUAUAUUUCAUUAUCAUUUUUUACACAAAGUAAUUAA